UGGAAGUUGUUGCCGGUUUCCGGUCCCUUCCGCCGCGGGCGUCGCUGGCCCGCAGCUGGGUCCAGGCGGUUGCGGACUGAAGCGUUUGGGGCCGUGGCGCCGGGAGGCGCAACCAUGCCCCGGUAUUACGAGGACAAGCCGGAGGGCGGCGCGUGCGCGGGCGUGAAAGAGGACCUGGGCGCAUGUUUGUUGCAGUCGGACUGUGUGCUCCAGGAAGGAAAAUCCCCUCGGCAGUGUCUAAAGGAAGGAAACUGCAAAGCUUUGAAAUAUUCAUUUUUUGAAUGUAAAAGAUCAAUGUUGGAUGCCAGAUCAAGAUUCAGAGGAAGAAAAGGAUAUUGAUUGGAACCAAGAUGAAAACAACAAAAGAUUUUCUCUGGUCAUUAAAACAGAAAAGCCAAAAUAGGAAACGUACUUUCUCUUACAUCUCUUUGAUCAAACCACUUUUCUCCCAUGGAACACCGUGGAAAUGGAUGACUUCUGGUUUUGACCGUGUAUAAAGUAAAUGAUUCUCUUGCCCCAAGUUAUUUUUAAAAUUUUAGAAAUUUUUAGAAGAAAAAUUUAAUUGACCAGUUAUGAGCUGGAAGCAUAGUAAAUGUGUUUUGAGAAUUGUUCUGAAACCCAAGAAUGGAGAGGUAGUUAUUUUCAAGCUUGACUCCUCAUCCCGAUGACACAAGUCAGUGACUAUUACGUCCUUUGUGACUAUUACACAGGCCACCGAUGUCGACCUUUGGAGAAGUGUCUAUUCAUGUUCUUUGCCCAUUUUAAAUAGAGUUGUUUGCUCUUUUGUUGUUGAGUUCUAGGACUUCGUACAUUCUGGAUGUUAACUGCUUAUCAGGUAUAUGAUUUGCAAACAUUAUCUCCCAUUUCUUUCACUCUGUGUUCUUUGAUGCACAGUUUUAAGUUUUGAUGUAGUCCUGUUAAUCUGCUUUUACUUUUGUUGCCUGUGCUUUUGGUGUCAUAUCCAAGAAAUUACUGCCCAAUUCAAUGAAGCUCUUCCCUUAUGCUUUGA